AUGACCUUACCAGACUACAUGGAUUCGGAACCCCGAAAAGUCCGAUCACUCCCACAAGUGGUCGACGACUUGUCACAGCAACAUCCAGAUGAUGUUUGGAUGACCAUACCGCUGGACUCGGACCUCUCAGGAAGAUGGCGCAACAUCACGUACAAAGACCUUUCUCGUGCUGUGAGUGGCAUGCUUUCUUGGAUGAAAGAAGCCUCAGGCGAUUACAAAAGAUCGUCAGGAGUAGUAGCGUAUAUUGGUGUUAACGAUAUGCGAUAUGGCGCUGUUGAAACCGCACUCGUCAAGGCCGGAAGUAAAGUUUUACUUCCAUCACCGCGAAACUCUCAGUCUGGCCAGGUCUCGCUUUUCCAAUCAUCGAAAUGCGGACUUCUGUUGCACAGCGAAGGCGUUGAUACACACAUUGAAAGCAUCAAAUCGGCACUACCUGAAGUACAAACACUCCAAAUUCCCAGCUUCGACGAACUUUGCGAACGGGGUUCGACACUGAAGAGUCUCGAGCUACCAAGCAGCAACAAUAACGACGACGACCAAGUGAUCAUACUUCACACCUCCGGAUCAACAGGCAACCCCAAACCGAUAUACAACACCAACGCCAGCAUCAACACUGUGGCGGCUCUGAAAGAUUUACCAGCUCCGAAGGGGCGGCAAAAUAGUGCCCAUUACUUCCUACACUCAGAUCGAGCAAUGCUCGCAGUGGCUCCUUUCUUCCACAUGAUGGGCCAGGCAAUCUUGUGGAAAUCGCUGCUCUGCAGAGCCCCCGUCGUCAUCUUACCGCCCGAAAAGCCGACAACUGCCGAACUCGUCAUCAAAGCAAUUGAACAGACACGGCCGUGGUCAGCGAUAUUCCCACCAUCGGUCCUGGAACAGGUUGCAGAAACACCAGGCGGGAUGGACGCUAUAAGGAUUUUGGAGUAUGUGUUUUUUGGAGGCGGGCCGCUGGCGACUGGAACUGGCGACAAGCUUGUCGAGAACACUACACUGCUUAGCUUAAUUGGAAGCACCGAGGCAGGCCUCUUCCCCAUCCGCGUGCCAGAGGAUAAACACGACUGGCAGUAUUUCGAGUGGGCACCUGGCGCAGGUAUUACUAUGGAGCCAGAUGCAGAUGGGCUGUAUGAAAUGGUGGUCAUGCCUGCGGAUAAGAGGUAUCAAGCCAUAUUUCACACCUUCCCGGACAUCAAAGAAUGGCGCACCAAGGACCUGUUCGAGCACCAUCCCCGGAAGAAGCUCCUCUGGCUAUACAAAGGCCGCAAAGACGAUGUUCUGGUCUUGAGCAAUGGGGAGAAGUUCAACCCAGUGGGCUUUGAGAAGAUGCUAGAAUCUCACCCGUUUGUGAAGGGUGCUUUAGUAGUUGGUCAAACUCGUUUUCAGACUGGACUGCUGAUCGAGCCCGAGUGGUCGCUACUUCCGAAGGAUCAGGACCCUACCGAGCUUUUGGAUGUUGUCUGGCAUCUCAUUGAGAAGGCGAACGCUGCAAGUCCCGCUCAUGGAAGAGUUUGGAGAUCCAAGAUUGCCAUUUCGAAGCAAGACAAGCCAUUCAAGCGGACCCCGAAAGGUUCCAUCGUUCGGCGACAGACGGUGGAGCUGUACAAAGCAGAGAUCGAUGCUCUCUACUCGAACGAAUCUAGCGACGAUGAAUUGGGCAAGCUACCAGCAGAUGCCGACAAAGCGACCAUCAAAAAGUUUUUGAGACACGCCUUCAAGUCGAAAGGGCUUGACAUUCCUGAGUCGUCGAUGGACGACGAUGAUAUAUUUAGCUUCGGCGUCGAUUCGUUGCAGGUUCUCGCACUUUCUUCCACCCUCAGCCAUGCCAUCGGAAAAGAGAAGGGCUUUAUGAUAUCUCCCCGGGACGUCUAUGCCCAUCCAACAGUCAAUGGGCUUGCGGAUCUCUUGAGUGGCGACGGAGCCAAAGACAAUGAGAUCCAGCUUUCUCGCGAAGACGCCAUGGCCAAGAUGGUUGAAAAUUAUACUCACGGUCUCUCCAAACGUCGCACUACCACGACCAAACGACCCGAGAAGCACACUUACAUCCUCACCGGCUCAACGGGCUCGCUUGGCAAUUACAUUCUGGAAACCUUGCUCAACUCCCAUGAUGUCGACCACGUCUACUGCCUCAACCGAUCUGCAGACGCAGGAUCGCGACAACGACAAAGCUUCGAGGGCCGUGGCUCCAAGGCAGAUCUAUCGAAAGCCACGUUUCUCCGAGCAAACUUCGGCAAAGAGUGUUUCGGCCUGUCAGAAGAGGUGUACGAUCAGCUCCUUCAAUGCGUCGACAUCUUCAUCCACAAUGCCUGGGCCGUCGACUUCAACAAGACCUUGCAGACUUAUGAGGAUGUUCACAUUGCCGGUACUCGUCGCUGUGCAGACUUCAGCUUAGAUUCACGGUUCAAAGCACACAUUUUGUUCAUCUCAUCAAUCGCCAGCGUUGGCAACUACCCGGCGACUGUUCCCAAUGCCACUGAGGUACCAGAGCAAAUCUUCGAUGACCACAGAGUGCCGAUCCCUCAGGGGUAUGGAGAGUCCAAGCAUAUCGCUUCUCUCAUACUCGCAGCUGCUGGUCAGCAUGCUGGUGUGCCAAGCACAAUUGUUCGAGCUGGACAGCUUGCUGGACCCAGCGGAGCUGGUGCCCCUUGGAACCAACAUGAAUGGCUACCCAGCAUUGUGAUGUCUUCCAAGGCCUUGGGCAUGUUGCCAGAUACACUCGGAGAGGGCAACACUGUCGACUGGGUUCCUAUGGACCUUGCAGCUCGCUCAGUCGUCGACAUCUCGCGGUCCAGAACUCAAAACUCCGAUGAUCUUACAGACACUUGCACUGUUUCGCAUCUGGUCAAUCCCAAGACGACAACUUGGACUGAGUUGGUUCCUGCAGUCCGCGAAUCGCUUGAAACAGAGACCGGACAUGAAGUGAAAGUCGUGCCUUUCAGAGCUUGGCUCGAUAAGCUUGCAGCAUCUCCUCGUACGAAGGAGGAGAUUGAACAAAAGCCAGGCAUCAAAUUAAUCGACUUCUACGAAGGACUCGCUUCUGGUGCUGGCGGCCUUCCAAGACUGGCAACGGAGAAGACGGUCAUGCUCAGCGACACGGCGGCGAACAUGACUCCUGUCGAUUCCAGGCUGAUGGUGAAGUGGGUACAGCAAUGGAGGCAGUGA